GCCCGAUCUUCAUUUCCAGUGACUCUUGUCGCAAUCGUUUCAUCAAACCCCGUCUCAAGAGAGACGUGAGGGAUGUAGAGUUAGAAUACUUCUUUCCGGCGCCGCUGUGCUGUACGAAGCCUGAACUUUGACAGACCUUCUGAUCGUCUCAGCCGAAUGAAUCACGACAUCACCCUUCAGAACAUUAACUGCUAGACUGUCCUCGACUUGUGGCCUUGCAGUGCUCUUUCUCAUAACGAUGCAGUCGCCUUGCUCCGGGCCAUGUUCUCUAUCGCCAUCAGAUCGUGAUGCAAAUUCCUUGACUGUGGUGAGGAUCUUGUUCAAGCCACUGAGCGGGCGGGGUGGCGGGUGUCGAGAGUCCUUAUAUACACGACCCCGCUAAGAAUCCAGCUACAACAGAUUUGCUGCUGAAGGGUUCUUCGGUUUGAGCUUAUCGUUCAUCGAGGACACCUCAUCGUCGUCUUGUUCUUAAGGUGAACUCGCCAUCACCAGCUCUAGACAGCAGUCGCCAAUUGUGGCUAUCAGCACUGCCGAGCAAGGAGCAGUCUGAAACGAUGGGCAAACCAAAAGGCAAAAGCCUACCAUCGGCAAAUGGCGGCCGCGCAGGUGACACCUUUCCGGAGGCUCUCUAUGCGCCUAAACCCAGCUCUUCUCUCAAGGCCGCAGAUGGACACAAUGUCGAUGGCUGGGCCGAGGAGGAUAUACGGACUUACAAUGAAUUACUACACGAGAGAGCGAGGCUCGAGACAGAGAAAAUCGAGCUAGAGCAAAAAUCCUCCCGGCACCAGACACAACGGGCUCUUCUCGACAAGAGUGAUACGCCUGUGAACAACUACUUCAUAGGUCCAUCGGGAGGCGAUCAAAAAUUUGUCGGGACGUACUCAUGCUGCUUGGAUGGAGAUCUUGAAACAACACCCGAGAAAGCAUCCGCCCGUAAACAUGCUUGUCGACAUGAGAUAUGCCGGCGAGCAAAGACAGUGGGGGUUUCUUGGAUGGAGAUGGAUACGAUCAAAUACUAUCAGACCAGGAUCAAAUCGGAAAAAUCGGAAAGGAUGCAAAAUGCGUUGCGCAAACAAAGAGACAUUGAGCUGUCUCGCGUCAAGAAAGAGGAUGAUGAACAUACUUCAAGGGAACGGAAGUGUGUUUUGCCUGACAAAGGCAUGGCCAACAGUAAUAAGGGCUCCCAUUCAGGCAAAGCCGACCGACUUGGUUCUGUGAAGCAAGCGACAUUGGAUAUGCUUGCUUCGCAGGACGCCCUUUCUGACCCCAAGAAAAACGCCAUCCUGGAGGCUGCCAGAGAGAAUGAACAUAUCGUCCGGCGGAUACGUGGAAGACUGGACAAGAUUCGACACGACGUGAACUCAGGCAAAGUCUCACCCGCAGUUGCUCGCGCAAAGUUGGACCAGGCUAAUUCAGAAAUGGCGGACGCCGAGAAAAAGAAUAACGAAUUCCGGAAAAUGAUUCUCGAUGUCGACCCUGCUUUUUCACAAUUUCAUCAAUCAAAUCAUGCGAAUCCUGCAAAUCCAUCGAGUGUCCUUCAAACCACUAUGGCUUUUACAAAUUCAGAUGCUUUCUCGCAAGCAAUGAACGUCAUGAAGGGUUUCUUCGGUGCCUCUGAUCCUCGAGACGUCCAGACAGCCAUCGCGGACCUUCGUGCCGUCCUGGAGUUCAGUGGUCCAAUGUCUCCUGUCCUUCAAAAGUCAUUGCGCGCCCUCGAACAGAUGCUCUCCAAACAGAAUGCUGGAGGAUUCACCAUCGAUGUCACUACAGGAGACGGAAAGACUAGGCCUUGCAACAAUGUUGUCGAAGUCAUGAUGAACCUACGAUCGAAAAUGCAAGCGUCAAGCACUCCUUCCGCGGCGAUCGACCCUGCAUUGAACCUGGACGAAGACACCGUCAAGGCGAACCUCGAAUGUAUCAAGGUGGAAGAUGCCGCGAAGAAAGAUAUGGCAAAGAUGAUUGAAAGGAUGGCCAAUGAUACACCCACAAAUAUUCAGGCAGCGCUGAAGAAGAUCAAAACAAAGGCUAUUCUAAAGUCCCCUAUACCACCACUAUCUGAUCUCAUCCUCGACAAUGCGAUCAAUGAGCUGGUCUUCCAUCGCACAGUUAAGUGCUUUGUCGACGAGGUCGCGGGUAUUGACAAUGUCACUCAAGUCUCCGGAAGAAUCACGUCGCUUGUGAUCUCGACCGCCCACAACAAGCCCGAAAAUUAUCUGGUGACUCUUGACAUGUUCAAAGACUCCAUCAAGAGAAUUCAGAAGAAAAAUCACCCGGAAGCCCUGGCGCAAGCAACAGCCAAAGUCGAGGAAUCUAUGACUAAAUUUGUUGCUGCACACGAGGCCAAGCGGAAUAAGAGCGCCGCCGCCGACAAACCGGCUCUCUCACAAGUACUGGGAUCAAAAGCAAUGCUCGAUACUGGCUAUCUAUUGACAGGUAGAAAGCUAAGCUUGGAGUCUUGGAAUGCUUUUCUGAGAUUUCUUGACACUCCCCAAGUGGCAGAUCGAGGCAAGGUGCGUAUGCACGUAGUGGGAUAUAUCUAUAAGCACCUUGAGGAAGGUAUCUGGGAUGUUUUUCAUGCGAUCGCCCACCGUCACACCUUGCAUAAGUUCCGCUUUGAGCCUUGGAUCGCCGGGAAACAGUUCUAUCAUGCCAACAUGAGGCUUGCUGCUUCCUCAGGACAGGACAAGUUGCAAGACACAGUCUUGAGAUACCAGCAAAUUGGAGCUUGUCCUGCAAUGACCGCCAUCAUCAUAGCGCAACGUCUUAGCUACCAGAUCCGAGCCGAUUUCGAAAGCACCAAAAGCAAUAUGAUGACGCUCAGAAACCUGUUCGACCAUUACGACUCUGGCCAAAACCGUGAAUGGUUCCACUCAUUCAGUUUCAUCAUCCAGAGCAUCGCGGACCUCUUUGCAGUGCUUGUCUUUCAGAUUACAGUCGAUGAUCCUAUGGCACUCUCGAUUAUCGCUGCUGACGUUGUCAGUAUUGUAUCGACAUUCGUGCUCGAGAUCGCAGACCCCACCCAGGCGGAGACUAAUUUGAGUGUGCUUGAAGCAUUCAUUUCUAGCAUACUCAUCGAUGAUGAAGACCCCGACGAGAUUGACAAGCUGAAAGAUACCCUGUCUCCAUUCCAUCACAUGUGCCAGGACUCCCGUUAUCGGUGCUCGCCGCAACAUGUCUGUAAAGCUCGCAUCCAAGCACUGAACGCAGAGAAUUCGCAACCGCUUCCUGCGCCAGUCCCACGAUUUGGAAAAGAGAAUCAGUUGCUGAGACUGAGCACCAUGGAGGAGCUUCAUGCAAUGGCCCGAACAUCAUCCCAAGACUUCCCUCGCGGCAUCAAGCUCUCCUUGCUUGUUGACAGUGACUGGGACGUUGCGCUGAAGUUGGUCCCACAUCUCAAAUGCUUGGACAAACGCAACACUGGACGCAAAUGCGAAUGCGCUCAAAAAGAUCAGGAUCACGCCACGCGUCUGGUGAAGCUGAAAGCCCAGCUCAAUCGCGACUUCUCUGAACUCAACUCUUUCUUGAGUCUUCGAAAGGAGCCACCGAAGUCUCUGUGGGCUCGGGUCGAAGAGAAUGAAAUCAAAUUGCACGACCUACCCAUGAUGUUUUCUGACCGCCCGGAGAAAGUACUCUGCGAUCCGGCUGAAUUCAUGGCAAUGGUGAAAGAGAAGCUUGGCGCUGGUGGGAAUACAGAAAGUUAUUUCGAGCGUUUUGCGCGGCUUGCCCAGGUUCCAGUGAAUGUACCGAGCAUCCAGAAGAUUAUCGCAGGCGAUACCUCUUAUGCCCGCCACAUGAAGAGAGCUUCGCAGGAGAGAAGCAGCAUCAGUCAAGACGACAGACGCCUAUCGACUACCUCCGAAGCCUCAGACGCUGUGUCAAGCCCCUGCCUUCCCACCGUCGCCUCGAGCAGCAAGAUGCCGCCACCUCUAAGUCGCACCGCAGACAAGAGUAUCCACGAGUUGUUGACCAUGAACGACCGUGAGCUUACGAUUGCCAAUCAGUUGAUCAAGCUCAUCGACGGAAUGCCUGGCAUGGGCAUCCCUGCAUCGAACCUGCUCGGUGUCGUCGAGCCCCAUACCUUGGCUGGAAUCAGACGACCCCUGGACCAGUUCGUAGUUGACCACAUCCAAAUGGCGUACCUUGUCGCUGAAUCGCAGGGCUAUCGGGCGCUGCAGACCUGGCUGGAGCAUAACGUUUCAGAAGCUGGAGAUCUCACAAAAUACAGAAGCUGUGGAGGCUGCGUCCUCAGCGUGGCCCAUAACAACAUAGCAAAUUGGGAGACCCAGAGUGACGCCAAUGGCCAGGAGGAAAGAUCAUCUCAGGACGAAGCAGUGCAGACAGAAGAUGUUGCAGCUCCAGUGUCUCCAGCUGACCGCGUCGACCGAGCAGCGGCUAACCUCAGUCGGCUCGUCGAUGAUUUUGCGCACAUGACUGCCUUACACCCAACCGGGCCGCGCAAACGUUUACCAAAACGCAAUCGCUAGGGAUCACAGUUUGUUCGAAGCUUCAGAUACCGACCACAGGCGUUUGGGAGAGACGGAAUCAGGAUUUUCUGCUAGGAGUUUGCACCACGAUCUAUUCUACGGCGCAUGAGGUACGAAUCAUGAGUCUCGGCGAUGACUCAGGAGUUUCUACUUGGAGGAUGACGAGUUAGGGCCUGCAGCUCAAGGACUUGGAGCUGCAUCGGCUCAGCGUUAUCCAGAGCUUCUUAUUGGGUUUACGAUGUGCAAGUAGUGCAGAGCCAUGCAUUGAAUGUUACCAGUCAUUAUCG